AUGUUCUCUCAGACAAUGAGCCAACCUAUUGCCUGCCCUCCAAUGGAGCCGUCCUCUUCGUCCUUCUCGUCUUACUCCUCAUACUCGUCCAACUCGUCCUACUCCACCGUCAGUGAUGAUUCCAGCUUUGGAUUCCUGGACAUGUACCGCCUGAUGCACGGCAAUGGAAGUGGCACUGCGACCAGCCCUGGAAGUAUCAAUGACUUCCCGCUCAACCAGCCGACAUUCGAACCCUCGUCCUUCGAGAGCACAGUCUACGACUUUAACCCAACAUUCCCCAUGUACACGCCUGAACCUCUCCCCCUCAUGGACACACCACCCACCUCCUUCCCUUCCAGCUCCACGCCGGCCUGGUCGCCAACAUCCAUGCCACCCCUCGACCAAGGGAUGUUCCCUCCUCUCGACGGCCUGAGCCAGGAGGCACCCAAGCCUGCCAAACCCUAUGCAUGCGAAGACUGUGGCAAGAGCUUCACGCGCCCCGCCGACCUGAAACGCCAUCACUCAACCGUGCACUACCCGGUCUUUCAGAACUGCCCUGUCGCCGACUGCUCGCGCAAGGACAACAACGGCUUCCCACGUCGCGACCACCUCAUCGAGCACCUGCGCUCCUACCACCACAUGGACGUGCCAAAGCGCCGCGCCGCCAAGCGCACGAAGCUGACCUAA